CAAAUUGAUUAACACAUACCUUAACUCAAAAGUAAAACAGAGAAUUGAGAGAAGAAAUAUAGACAGAGAAGUUAGCCAUGGAUACGAAGUCACUUUCUUUCUUCGCCGUAUUUUUCAUACUCUUUUUGGUCAUAUUUGAGGUGCCGGAGAUAGAAGCUCAGCUGUGCAUGAGAGAAUACGUUGGUGAAUUUCCCUUAAGCAACUGUUCCGUUCUGGAAAUUCAGCUUUGUCAUACAAAAUGCCGUGAAAACAACGGAGCUAAAGGUGGGAUUUGCUAUGUGGCAGGAGAGGGAGAAGACGAACAGCGUACCGAAAGCUUUAAGUGCUUAUGCAACUUCUGCAGCGAGUACUUCUGUCAGAUCUAGGUGGUCUUUGAAUAAUCCUGCAUGUGUCAUGGUUUGUAUGAUAAUAAAAAUGAAAGUCGUCCAAUUAAUAAUAAAUAUGUGAAAAAGAGCCGGAAGUACCUUAAGGCCCACAUGGUUUGAUCAACAUUAUAUGGUUGGUAUCGUUUUAUUUAACUUCUUCACAACUUUGCAUAAGCCAUGAAGAAAAUAUCUACUCGUGUUUAAAAUCUUUAAUUUAGCAUCUAGGUCUAGAUAUCUGACUGCGAUUGACUACUCGAUCUACUUGUUACAUUUUAGAUUUUCAAUACACAUUUAUUUAUCUCUUAUUUUUGUCAAUAUGUUAUUUGAGAAUCAAAUAAAUUAAUAUUUUUAGUAAAUCAAGUUAAUUAUAUAAUUUGGAUCUGAUUUAUGAAAUGUUUUUGAAUCAUAUUUUAUAUGAAGCUAUUUUCUUAUUAUGUAUGUCGGUUAAAAAUCAUUUUAUAUUAAAGAAAUCUACACAAUAAUAAAAAUAGUUUUUAUUAAUUAUUUUAAAGAUUCAGAAUUUAAAAUAAUUUUAAUUUUUCUAAAUAAAAUUUGCAUAUAUGUAAUUUUAUUUAUGAUUAUUUUCAUUUUUUGUUACAUCAUUUAUUUGUGUCUCAUACAAAUAUUUAGUUUCGAUCUGCCUUCGUGGUGUAGUAUUAGAAUUAGGGGUGGAUCACAAAAAAAAAAAACAAAAAACCUCUGAAAAUGGGCUGACAAUUUUGAUGGAUUUGGAUGGUUCAAGAUUCAUCAGCCUAACAUCCGUGAUGAUGUGGCUAAAUAAUUGGAUGAGAAUAUUUCAGAUGAGAUGGUACCCUAUAAAACUAGAGAUUUAUUUUUUUUAUAUAGCUAAAUGAUUGGACGAGAAUAAUUCAGGUGAUGUGACACUCCUAAACCAAAGAUUUAAAGAUAAAUAGCAUAGUACAAGUUGAUUAACACAUACCUUAACUCAAAAGUAAAAUAGAGAGUAGAGAGGAGAAAUAUAAACAGAGAAGUUGGCCAUGGCUACGAAAUCACUUUCUUUCUUCGCCGUACUUAUCAUACUCUUGGUCAUCUUUGAAGUUCCAGAGAUAGAAGCAGAGCCGUGCUUGAAACAAUACGUCGGUGGAUUUACCUCGGAUUCCUGUUUCGGUCAGGCAAUUCAGGUUUGUUAUUGGAAAUGCCGUUUAAAAAACAAAGCUAAAGGUAGAAUUUGCUAUUCGGGAGAGGGCGCCGAUAACUAUAAGUGUUUAUGCGACUUCUGCAGCGACAAUCCUUCAUGUGUAGGUGGUCCAAGUCAUAAUGAUUAGUCCUGCAUGUGUCAUGCUUUGUAUGAUAAUAAAAAUGAAAAUCGCCCAAGUAAUAAUGAAUAUGUGAAAAAAAGAGCAGGAAGUACCUUAAGUCUCACAUGGUUUGAUCACAUUAUUAUCUGGUUGGUAUCGUGUUAUAUGCGAAUAUAAUAAUUAUUUAACUUCUUCACAACUUUGCAUAAGUCACAAGAACCCGAUGCAAAGAAACUAUCUACUUGUGUUUAAAAUCUUUAAUUCAGCAUCCAUGUGUAAGAUAUCUGAAUGUGAUUGACUACUCGAUUAAUUUACUGUCAAUCGACGAUCAUAAACAAAACAUAACUGUGGCGUGUGAACAAGUGAUUUAAUAGAUUUUGUUCCGUUGACAUAACACAUUCUUUGGGUUGAACACACAAAAAAAAAAUCUAAUGGAUGAAAUGAAACACACAAAAUGAACCUAACAGAGAGAUACAUCAUAUGUUGGUUGGUAUAGAGGAAGACAAUAACUUUCAGUCCCACAAGUAGAGAGACUCACUCACCGAAUUAAUUAAAAGUAUUGCAUCGAUAAUGUUGAAAAUUCUGGUUUUGUAAACACAUUAGACCAUCCGACGUAGUUUCAACUGUUGAAUAUUCAACAAUAAGAUUGUUUAAAUUUUGUAACAUAUCUAGAUGGAGUUUAACCUUUGGUUAUCAAGAACAUAUGGAUGGUUUAACUACUCUUCCACCUUCGACUCUUUCCCCACGUGGUGUGACAGCCCUUCUUCGACUGAUACCUUGGUCGCCCAAUAUGGUCUAUCAGCCUCUCCCCCUACGCCCUUUGGAGUUACUAUCACUUCAUCUCAUGCAGCUGCGCCGAGGGAUUCUACUUGGUCAAGCUCUUACUAUGGUCAAGAAAUGAGCUCUCGGAUUCCUCAUCACUCAUUAGAUAUCAAUGAGCUAAGUGGUAAACGACGCAGUGUACUGAACUGUACUAUCCCCAGGUCUUUGAGCCACUCAUUAGACGAGAAGAUGCUAAAGGCAUUAAGCUUGUUUGUGCAGUUGUCAGGUUCAGGAGAGGGCGUUUUAGCUCAAGUCUGGACACCUAUCAAGACGGGAGACCAGUACAUGCUCAGUACAUGUGACCAAGCCUAUCUGCUUGACCCGAGGCUCUCUCAGUACCGUGAGGUCUCAAGGAAAUUAACUUUUGCUUCCAAACCAAAUCAGUGUUCUUAUCCUGGCAGAGUCUUCAUCUUUGGAUUGCGCGAAUGGACAUCAAACGUGAUGUAUUACAAGAAGGAUGAGUAUCUGCGUGACAAGCACGCAAUAGAUAACGGAUCUAACAUGGAGGUUAAUGCUAGUGGCAUGGAUACAACAAUCAGAUGCAGUGGCGAUAUUAUCCAGCCUAACGGUCCAUGUCAGACUCAUCAAAUGGCUCAGGAGCAGUUAUGCUCAGAAGCUCAUCUCCUUCAAUGGACGAUAGGAACCAAAUGAGAACACACAAAGGCAAUAGCAGUGAGAGUGGAUUUCGAACACUCAUUGUAAAGGCUACUUACAGAGAAGACACUAUACGUUUCAAGUUCGAUCCAUCUGUUGGGUGUCUACAGCUCUACAAAGAAGUUGGGAAGCGCUUUAGACUGCAAGAUGGGUUGUUUCAGCUCAAGUACUUUGACGAUGAAGAGGAAUGGGUGAUGCUGGUUACAGAUUCUGAUCUCCAAGAGCGUUUGGAGAUAUUAGUUGGUAUGGGAAAACACACGGUGAAGUUUCUUGUUCGUGAUGUGCCUGGGCCUAUAGGUAGUUCUGCUGGCAGCAGCGGUUACUUAGGAGAAGGUUUAUAACAUCUACUGCUCAGUUCUGUUUUCCUCUGUGGAAGAAUGUUGUUUAUUUCUCCAUAUACUAGUUUGCUUGUAAUAAAAGGCACGAGGGUUUGAUUACCAACAAAAAAAAAAAGGCAUGAGGGAGAAAGGCAAUUUUGGUUUACUGGAGUCAGGAUACUGUAUAUGAUAAUCGUUUUAUAUAAACUGAGAAUCAUCUUUCCAAUCAA